GCAGCGGCACCUGCCCUGGGGGUCUGGGCUUGGAGUCGACCCCGGCCUCCUUGUGGGGCGCUCCAGUCCUGCUCCCCGGCGAGGCCUCCCCGCGCGCCGAGCCCUCGGCCCCGGCCCGGGCCAGCAUGGUGCAGCCUCAAACCUCCAAGGCCGAAAGCCCCGCCGCCGCAGCCGCCAGCGCCCCGGUGGACGACGUGAUCGACACCCUGACCUCACUGCGCCUCACCAACUCCGCGCUAAGGCGCGAGGCGUCCACGCUGCGCGCCGAGAAGGCCAACCUCACCAACAUGCUGGAGAGCGUGAUGGCCGAGCUGACCCUGCUGCGCACGCGGGCGCGCAUCCCCGGCGCGCUGCAGGUCACGCCGCCCAUCUCAGCCAUCACCUCCAGCGGCUCGAGGCCCAUGACCACGCCGCCCACCUCGCUGCCCGAGCCCUUCUCCGGGGACCCCGGCCAGCUGGCCGGCUUCCUGAUGCAGAUGGACAGGUUCAUGAUCUUCCAGGCCUCCCGCUUUCCCGGCGAGGCAGAGCGCGUGGCCUUCCUGGUGUCCAGGCUGACGGGGGAGGCCGAGAAGUGGGCCAUCCCUCACAUGCAGCCCGACAGCCCUCUGCGAAACGACUACCAAGGCUUCCUGGCCGAGCUGCGCAGAACCUACAAGUCGCCGCUGCGCCACGCGCGGCGCGCGCAGAACCGCAAGACCUCGGCCUCCAACCGCGCGGUGCGGGAGCGGCAGCUGCUGUGCCGCCAGCUGGCCGCCACAGGCACGGGUCCCUGCCCUGUGCACCCAGCCUCCACCGGGGCCAGCCCAGCGCCAGCGCUGCCCUCGCGGGCACGGAACCUUUAAGCAUCUGCUGCCACCACCACGCCGGUCGCAUCGCAGCCGCCCGUGCCUAGCGCCCACUGUUGGCAGUGUAGAACUGUCUGAUCACCAGUGACGCCCGUGUGUGAAGCCAUCCCCUGCCGCCUCUCCUGCCCGGAUCCACCGGAGCUCCCACCUCGCUCUGCUUUCUGCAGCCAGGUGCUCGCUGGCACCUACUCCAAGCGCAUGCCUCCCCCUCCCCCCGUGUCGCUUGCACCCUGUCUGCCUUGACUCCACCCCACCUGCCACCAUUUCUGGGCACACGUGGCAACAGUAAGGUUGGGUUCUGCUCCCUGGGCAUCUUCCAGCCUGAACCCUAGACAGCAGCUGCAUCUUGGGUGUUGCUGGAGUGGGUCCCAGCCCUGCCAUCAGUGGCCCAGGAACCACCCUUGCCAAGAGUGUAGUUGUGGCAUUUCUCUGCGUGGAGGGGCCUCAUUCUGCAGGUGCAUUUCCAGUCCACUUCCUGCAUGGCUGCCACAGGGAGGGACCAAUUUGCCAGUGGAAAGGAGCCCUUCCCCGGAAGCCCCUCCACUCACGCCUGGCUCCCACAUUGGCAUCUGCUAGUGCCAGGAGUCUGGGAAACUGGCAUCUGUGUGCUUAGGUCACUGAGCUCUUGGGAGUCGCGGUCAGCCCCAGGCAGCCGCUUCACACACCAGCCUUGGCCGAACAGCUCCUGUGGGCCCAUGGCAGGCAUUGGCCAUGCCCUUGGCUGGCUGCUCUGUGGCGGGCAGGGAGCACCGCAGGCGGCCUGGGUGGUGAGCCUUGCUCCACUUGAAGCCUGCUUCCUUCUCCGUUCAGGUUCUACGCAGCCUUUCCCUGGGACCCAGCACCCACACUGCCUCUGGGUCUCCAGGGACACCCCCUGCCUGCCCUGCCUGAGCCAUGGUGCCCAGCCUUUGUCUAAGGAAACACUUGAAGCAGGUGGGGGAAGGAGGUGUCUGUCUGCCGUAGCCGGGGUCUUGGUGCUUUUUUGACAGCACGGAACUGCAGCCUGCCCGGUCCUGAUGGAGUGAUGGUACGGGACCGGUUCCGAGGGACUGUGCUGUACCUCCUGGAGUGGACAGCCGAAUGCGCCCUCACUCUGGAGACGGCCAAGGGAUUGCUUCCCGAGACUAGAGACUGAGACAGGGCCAAGCCCGACUCCUGCUGCGCCUGCUGUGUCUCAAUGCCAAAUGAGCCUUGUGCAGGUGACCCCUGGGCCUGGGAGGGGACUGGGCAGGCCUGGCCUGACUCUGGAGGCAUCUCCCCUCUCUACACCCACCAAAGAUGUGCCUGUGGAAAGGGUGGUCCCAGAGGCUGGCUCCUGGGACCCCCUCCUGAUCCUGGAGAGUUUCGGUGAUGCCGGGACAAUGCCACCUUGCAAAGCCAAGCCAAGGUCACACGGUGACUGCCGGUGCUCGUGGGCCCUGCUACCUGCUGGUCAUCACCUCUCAGCCCGUUGCCCUCCUGAACAGCUGCCUGGAGACGGGCUUCAGGUCCCGCUGGACUCUGGCCGUGGCCGUUCAGGUGGGACCAUGGUGCUCACGAAGCAGGGCUCUCAGGGGUGCAACCAUGGCAUUCAGUUCUCUUCCAUCUCCAGCAGCUUUGCCGGGAAGACGUGGACUGGCCCGGGAGAGGUGCCCAGGGCUGAAAGGGCGCAGUGGCACCUGCUCUCCCUGGGACAUAGUCCUACCAGGGGAGGGUCCUAGCCUGGGAAUGGGCAGCUGUGCUGCCAAGCUGGCUGCACCCAAAGGAGUCUGUGCCAAGCUAGUCAGUAGGUGCUGUUCUGGCAGUGCUGCUACACACCAGGGCCCCAUGCCCCGGCCGUUUGGGUGGGGUUGGCCACCCUGCCCUGCCCGUGGCUGUGUCCAGGCUGUGUGUUCUGUCCUCUAGUGCCCCUUCACCUCCACGGGCUGUCGACAAGAGUACUUGCUGGUUGUCCGUGACCUUCUUGAUUGCUCCCGGCAGCUUUAGACCCUGGAGCAGAUGAGAGAGGGUCAAGGGGGGCUCUCUGGGCUCCAAUGAGGGACCCAACAGCCCUGAGCCCAAGGAAACGGCUGUGUCCCGGGCAGUCGAGGUGAGGUCAAGGCAGAGAAGGCCAAGGACCGGUGCUUGCUUUGGAGCUGUGGCCCUAAGGGAACAGGUACCACUCUAUGAGGGGGACAGGUGGCAGUGGUGU